AUGUUUUAUUUUUUUUAUAAUUGUUUUUUUAAAUACUUGAUUACAAUAUACUGUUUAUAUAGCGUUUCUGUGAUAGUUUGCUUAAGAUAUAAAAAUUGCCAUUCAUAUUUGACAUUUAAUAAUAAAGAAAGUAGGAAAUGUUUGAAUAAUGGUUAUAAAAAUAUAAAAAUAAGUAGAAAAAUUUAUGUAGAGGGAAAUAAGAAGUUGUUAAAAGAUAAUGAAAUAUUGGAAAGUUGUAAAGAUGGUUAUUUUGAAAAUUAUAAAAAAAAAAAAAUUAUUAGAACUUUGAAAAAUGGGAUUAAUAAGUUAUUUUUUGCUAAUAGAUAUUUGUUUGGAAAUAUAGGAUUUGAGGAAAAAGCCGAACAAAAUAAUAAAGAUAGUUAUGAUAAAGAAUGGAAAGAAAAAAAGAUGAAUCAUGAUUAUUAUGAUAUUAAAAAAUUGGAAAAUAGUUUGAAUAUAGAACCAGAUAAAAUAUUAUUAGAAGAAUACAUAAGAUAUAUACAUAACAUAAUUGAAAAGGAUUCGAUUUUAUUAAAUGAUGAUUCAUUUGUUAAAGAUUCAAUUCAUAAUUUGAUAGUGAAAUGGAUAAAAUCGGUACUUAUAUAUAAAGAGGAGGAUGAUAAUUUAGUUGAUGAAAAGGUAGUCAAAGAAUAUAAUGAUGAAAAUAAUAAUUUAGAUGUAGAAUCUAUAGCAAGGAAAUUAAUUUUAUUUAAAACAGUUUUGUGUAAUACAUUAAAAACAUAUGGAUUUGAUGAAAAAAUGAUAUAUAUAGAUGAAAAAACAAAUGAUAUAAAAGUUAAAAGAAAUGUUUUUAAAGAUAUUAGUGGAAAAAAAAGUGAUUGGAAAAUAAUAUUCUUAGGAACAGGUUCUAUGUAUCCAUCUAUUAGUAGAGGAACAUCAUCAUUUAUUUUUCAAACAACAAAAAAAAAAUAUAAUGAAGCUUAUUUAUUUGAUUGUGGUGAAAAUACAUUUAUAUCAUUACAAAAAGCUAAUAUUAAAAUUAGUAAAAUAAAAAAUAUAUUUAUAACACAUUUACAUGGGGACCAUUGCUUAGGGCUUAUUUCUGUAUUGACAAUGCUAAAAAAUUUAAAAACAAUUAAUAUAUAUGGACCAGAAGGUAUAUAUAGAUUCUUAAAAAAUAAUUUUAAUUCAACAUAUUCAAAACGUAUAGCUAAAUAUUUUGUAUAUGAAUUAAAAUUAAAAGGAAAUGAAAAUAAUUCAAAUAUUGUGAAUUCUGAAAAUUCAAAUAUAGGGAUAAAUAAAAAAUAUCUAAAUGAUUUAAAAUAUAUAUAUAAAGAUGCAAAUAAUAUGUAUCAAAUAUUACAAACCGAUUCUAUAGAAAUAAAUGGAUUUCAAAUAAAACAUACUAUUCCAACUAUUGGAUAUAUAAUUAAAGAACGGUAUUCUGAAAAUAAAUUUAAUGCAGAACAUAUAAAUGAAAUAAUUAAAAAUAAUUAUGAUGAAUUAAAAAAAUGUAAAAAUUUAGAUUAUACCCCAUAUAAAAUAUAUGAAAAUGUUAUAAGAAAAAUGAAAAGUGAUGAUAUACUUAUAUUUCCUGAUAAUUCAAAAUUAAGUUAUAAAAAUGCUUAUAAAGAAAUACAUAAAGAAAGAAAAAUUGUUAUAUGUCAAGAUACUUGUGAUGCAUCUAGUUUAUUAAAAGAUGCACAAGAUGCAGAUGUACUAAUACAUGAAUCAACAAAUAGUUUAAUAGAUUUAAUUGAUGAAAAUAUGCUUUACAAUACAGAUAUAUAUAAUAAAAAUAAUUAUAUAAAUUUAUUAUCUCUAAAAAGAGAGAAUAAAAUAAUGGAAAAAAAUGAUAAUAUUGAUAAUUUGAAACAAUCUGAAAAUAUUCCAAAUGAUGCAAAUAGCAAAACUAUGAAAAAAAAUGGAAAGUUAGAAAGUUUAGAUACUAUAAAUCAUUAUAAUAAAAUAAUUUAUGAGCGUGGGCAUUCUACUUCUUAUAUGGCAGGAAAUUUUGCGAAAAAAAUUCGAGCCAAGAAAUUAAUUUUAACACAUUUUUCACAAAGAUAUAUAGGUGAUAAUAAAUUGAAAAAUAUGAUAAUUAUGAAAAGAAUUGAAAAUGAAGCUUUAGAAGCUUUUUAUUCUGAUCAAAAUAAAUCAUAUAAAAAUUUUGAGAAAAAAAAUAUAAAUAUUUCUGAAAAAAAAAAAACUGUAAAUUUAGUAUAUAUUUCUAAUAAUAUCAAUGAAAAAAAAGAAACGAAUGAUGAAAUAGUGAAUAUUAUACAUGAGGUAGAUAAUAGACAUAAUAUUAAUUCAACAAAUUUGGAUAAAAUGAAAAAUAAUUGUCAAGAAAAUGAUGUAGUUGCAGCUUUUGAUGGCCUUGUUCUAUACAUCCCACCCCAAUCGAUUUAA